AUGAUAAUGAUGAUGUACUCUUUAACCGCCUCGAAGAAAUCUCAACAAUGGGGGGCUGUUACCACUCUGCUGUUCCUCCUGCUUUCAUGCCUUGUUAGCCAGACAACGGCACGGGCAGUACUGGCCAUCACGCCCCAAGACUUGAGCACCUCGAUCGACUUUAACGCCCCGUUGGAGAUCGACACCUCAGAACCACCAAUCAUUAAUCAAGGAGAAUGGAUCUUGCUGUCACCGGAUCAGGCGGAGUUGAAGCAUGUUGAGGGGUCAGUGUCAGGGUCAGGGUCAGGGUCAGGGUCAGGGUCAGGAGGGUUGAGCAAGCGUGAAGAGAAGGAGAUCACCUCCGUGGCAGUAUCCGGCUCCGUGACAACCACCUUCCACAUCGCCGUGUCCACCAUCACUGAGAAACCCUCGACAACAACAACAGCAACCACCACCACCGGCGGCCGGGCCGAAGAGACCGUGCCCGUGUCGAGCUCCCUGCCCAAGUUCUUCGACGGCAGUUUAUCUGCCAACUUUGCUCCCAACAGCAACUGCCCGUCCUUUCUCAACGCCUUUCUCAACAACCAGACCUUUAACCAAUGUUAUCCCAUCUCGUUGCUGAUGCAGGGCUCACAAUCCUUCUUCCAAGCACAACGUUCCCUGGUGGCCCUAACCCGCGUCCUCGACGCCUCCUGUUCUCCCAACGUAACCUUCUGCGCCUCCUACCUCUCUAGUCUCGCCUCCUCCCUGAUCAGCCCGGAAGCGUGCGAAGCCGAGUACAGAGCAGGCCAUACCGUUGUCAGAGAUGCCUACGUGGCCAUGAUCGCUUACGCACCAGUUUACUCUGCCACUUGCCUCAAAGACUCUUCCUCCUCCUCCUCCUCUUCAGGCGAAGAAGAGACAGUAGGAGGAGGCUACUGCUACGCCAACGCAGUAAUGAACUUUUCCAACCCCAGCAGCGUGUACGUCUAUCACCUGGCGCUGAACGUGAGCUUGCCCGGGUCGACGGUGCCCAGCUGUGGGGGGUGUCUGAAAGAGACCAUGCAGGUUUAUCAUGCGGCGGCUGCCGACAGGAAACAACCCGUUGCGGGAGUCUAUGUGAAGGCGGCCAAGAUGGUCAAUGUGGUUUGUGGAGUCGGGUUUGUUAAUGAGACGUUGCCGGAGGAGAUGGUGUCGUCGUCGAGUGCCGGUAGUAGGGCUGUUGCACUUGGGGGGAUGGUGCCGUUUUUGACGACGGCGGUUGCGGCGGUUUUAUGGCUCAUAUGA